CCUUUGUUGCUCUUCAAAGACAAAGAAAUCGGAAGCGCUCGUCGAAAAAAAAAAUGAUUUAAAAAAUUAAAAAAUGCACGGAAGUUACUCGCUCUUAUGUGAAUUUUGAUGGGUCUGUUGUUGUGAUGCUCCAAUAUUUUUCACAUGCAAUUAUUCAUAACCGAAGAACUCCCACUCAUCAAUUUUAACUGAAAAUAGUUCCAUGGUGCAAAGAGAGUGAGAAUUGUGACAUGAUCUGGUGCAGAAGCUGACACCUUAUAGACUGGCCAGUUUACAUGUUCGUAUAGGCAGAACUACAGAACAGAUAGGAGGGAUUCUAUACAGAAAUUUCAAGAGAAAUUAAGAUGGCUGGAAUGUCCUCAGAUUUAGAAAUUCUGAAAGAUAUACCGGGUUACAAGGCAAUACUCAAAUCUGUACUCAAGUCACAGAUACAAUUACUGAUUGAGCAGUUGUCUGAUCAUACUGGAGAAGAAACAAUUAUAUUGACUGCAAGCGUACAUGACGGCACUUUAUCACAUCUUGGCUCUAACACAGGGAAAGGAUUUCUUGAUGGAAGAGACGAGAUUAAAUCACAGUUCUUGGCGUUUUGUCUGAAAAAUGCUAAAGGUUCAAGUAUUUUACUGUGGAACGGGUUGGUUCUUCAGUUUGGGAAAGCCCCAAAAACUGAAGGGAUGUUCAAUUUUUCUGGACAUCUGGGGAACAAGGCAAGUGAUACAAAUGAAAAUCAAAAUGAUGAUGAUUUUACUGAACAAAACAGUGAAAAUGAGGACUCAACUGCAGCUAGUAUUAAAAUUGAACCAAUCACUGAAAGUGAGAUGGAGCUGGAAAUAACUGGUGUUGAGCCAGGAAAAACAUCUGUGUCUGCAGACACUUGGGGUCAGGGUCAGGUGCUGGGCACCAGUGGUGUAGGUGAGGGAGCCUCAAAUGAGACCGGAGACCAGGGUGGCUACAGAAGGUGGAGUUACCCUUACAGCAUGUCUAAUGCCACUGAACCACAGGUCAAGAAAGAACACAUGUCUAAAAAGAAAGUUACUUUCAACCUUGGGAUGACUACACUGAUAAUACCAAAACCAUUGCAUACAGACUCACUAUUUGACCAGGGAAAUGAACUGGUAGACAGAGAAUUCAGAAAUCCACUGGAUGAAGCACAAGUGAAAACUGAGCCAGUAGAUCAAGAUGAGUUUGGUCUGAAUGAUGUGGCAGUUAGAAAAUACUGGUCAGGAACACAAACUUCCAACCAUAUGUUUGUAAGUAGAAGUAGGAGCAAUGAUGAAAGAACAGGAGAAUUUUAUGGCAGAAACCAUUGUACCGAAGUUCAAAGCAAGACUGCUGUAUAUAGAUGGAAACCUGGUCAAGAGAGCACAACUAGAUACAUUGAUCAAGAAGAUAAGGAGUAUGGAGAACAGUCGAAAAAGAUAGUUAUGGACAAUAGUGAUAUUCCAAAGAAUGGUGAAAGUGAAUGGAAGAGGACAGUCAUUGUAGGAAAGCGAAAGAAGCACACUGACAAGCAGAGAAGGAGUAUAAGGGAAUAUGUGGAUGAUGUUGUUGCACAGAUAAGAAGUCAGACAGAAAGACAGAAUGAGACUGCUGAUGCAGUAGUUGAUUGGAAGCACAGUGUGCCAGAAGGACAAAAUGAUGAAGUUUCUGAAAGUAUAGAACAUGGUAGAGAGGCAGUUGAUAAUCUAACAAUUGAGAAACCACAAACACAGAGGUAUAUGGAGAAUCAGGAUUUAUGUCUGAGGGUAAAAGGCAAGAAGAAAAAGCGAAAGCGAUCGAAAAAGAGCAAAAAGGAGCUUUAUUCAGGCUCAGAGACCAAAAUACAGUCACAGAUAGGUACAGUGAUGUCUCCUAAAGUGGGUACAAAUAGGAGUUUUGCUAAAGCAUACCUAAAUGGGCUUGGAAUAAACAAGGCAGGCCAUCCAAUGGUGUUUGGAUGGAAAUACCAUUGCCCAUAUUGUCCAAUGAGGUAUACUACAGAUAUAGCUUUGAAACGUCAUAUGUGGAGGCAUACAAAAGUGAAACCUUACGCAUGCAGUCACUGUUCACUGGAGUUUAUGAGAAUGAAAGAGCUUGAUCAACACAUGCGCAGAGAACAUCUGGGUUUACCAUACUAAAAUCUUCACUAACACAUGCACCAAGAACAUAAAGUCUGUCUGUAGUAAAAUCUCUGUGAAUGUGUACUUUGAACACCCAGGUGUGCUGACGUCAGCAAUUGUACAGUGAGUUUCCAUGCCAUCCAUUUGUUAAAAUCAGAAUAUAUUCAGAAUCUGCAUCAACAUGUAUGCAGCUGAUAAUAUAGACUACUACUGCUUUGUUUGUAUGCAUGACAUUUGUGGAAAAACUGUAUUAUAAACUAGGUCAUAGCCUUGUAUAGAUUUGAGUGUGUUUAGAAAAGACAUUGGAAGAAUAUUGACCUUUGUAGCAUUUAUAAUGAUAGAACAGAAAAGAAUUAUAGUGGGAUAAUAUGUGUGAAGUCCUGUACCCAUGCAAUGUACCAGGUCAGACGAGGUCACCUAGAGGUAAAGGGGUGUCCUGUUUCCCGUGCCCGUAUUGCGACAAGGUCUUUGGACAGAAUGUGAUUCUUGUGCGACAUAUACGCCGUCACACUGGAGAGAAGCCAUUCAAAUGUAGCAUAUGUCAGUCGUCGUUCUCGAGAAAAUCAUCUCUUAUGUCACAUCGUAUCAGCAAGCAUGCAGGAGAAUAUUCUGUUGUUGAUGAUUUACAGUUGCCAAAUACUUAUACAUAGCACUGGUCUUGAAAUACGUGUUGGAGAUUCACAUUAUACCAUAUAGAUUUAGGUAUUCUGCUACAUUUGUGAAAAUGCCAAAUAGAUACACAUAUAUUGUAUGAGCAUACUUGUCAAGAGAUUUGAAUUCUUCAUAGAACUAGGUAUUGUGUGAAAGAUGUUAAAUUGCCAGAUAUAUAAAGAUACACAUAUGUUGGAGCAUACUUACUUGUCAGAGACUUGAAUGCUAUAUAGACCUAGGUAUUGCUUGAAAGAAGUUAAAAAUCUCGAUGGAGAUGGACUAGCUUGUCUGAUAAAGAUGAGAACAGAAUACUUGUAGUAGAUAUUUUGUUGAAAAAACUUUUAUCAGAUGUGAAAGUGCAUUGGAUACAUAUAGAAAGGUCUGGUUCACAGUACAUUGUUUGAAAUUUGAAUUGUAAACAGACUUCUAAAGGUUUUCUGUCAGGGUAGGAAGAUAGUAAAUGCAUGCUAUGUCAUUAUAGGACCGAAAAAAAGGCGCACAUGCAGAGAUGUGGUAAAUAUACAGACUUAGGGUUUUUGUGUUUUUGUUGAGAUGUGAAAUGUACACUGUGGUGGACCAGUAAUGUUGCUUUUUUAUAGUGACUUUUGUGUAUUGUUUGUUGGUUUUGAGCCUUUGUACUUAAAUCCUAACAAACUGAUAAAAUACCCAUUCAUUUUACCUUUUGAUUUAGAAAUUCGCAACUUUUUGUCAUUGUUACAAAAGAACCCCCCACCCCUCCUCCCAACUGUCAAUGAAAUGAUUCCCAAGUUCCUAAAUGUUUAUUAAAUGACAGUGCUUUGAAUAAUUGAUGUUUGUAUGAUAGAACAAACAUUUAUAAAAACUGUCUUGUUAAUAGAGUUUUAUCUGGUUUAUAACAGUGCAUAUGUGGAUUAUUGUAGUUGCAGAUUAGUGUAGAUUUAACGAAUAAUCAAGGCCUUGUAGUGGUUUUUCGGCUAAUUUAUCACGGUUCAGAGUUCAGAUAGGCAGGAAUUGAACUACGAGGGCGUUAACCUGAGUGGUUUAAUAUGUAAGCAUCUGAAUGAUGUACCGUGGUAAAUAGGAUGACAAACCACACUACCGGUUUGCGCGUCAGCCGUUGCUUAUUGUAAAAUAUAGAGCUUGACUUUCUUCUUUGUUUAACUGGCAGUCAAAUAGAGCCAUGUUAGAAUAUUGCUUAUAUGAUUUGAAAGUCUGUGAGGUACACUAGUCUUAACAGUUUUGACAAUAUCUUCCUGGAUUCAUUUCCAAACAAAAAUCAUUAAAACUUGACAUCAUAUAUUUGUGAAAGGUUUGCAUAAUUCACAGGUUCAUUUAGUUGGAAGUUUUAUUGAAUCUAGGUUUUUGAUUACCUCUCUUUAUGGAACUCCUUGUUCUGUAUGCAAAGAAUCACUUUUUAGGUGAGAAAUGCAUGAUUGAAAUAGGUUAGAACAUUUUACGUUCAUGAAGGUGGUUAUUAUAGUAUACUUUAGGGUCAGUCUGACUAAAGUACUUGAUCUUCUAAACGAAGAUCUGAGAAUGACCCAUUCACAUUCGUCUUCUGUAUAUUUUGGAUUUCCAAUAUUGCUAUUUUUAUUUUCACAAAUAUAUUUUUAUUUGAACCAACCAGACGACUUGUUCGAAUGUCAAAGAGUAAAAAAAUUUGCACUCUGUCUAGGGCUUGAACCCAGGACCCCUUGCUUACAGAGCAAAUGCCCUACCGACUGAGCUAACUGGCUAUCUGACAUCUUAUGGCAUACGAAUUGUAGAUAUGUUGUAAGUUAGGUUUUGAUUGGCUAGCAGAAGGGUCGUCAGAACGAGGCUAUCAAUAGCUCGUUUUCAGAUCCUAAGUGUAGUGUAAUAGGAGAUGUACUUUAGUCAGAUUGCCUUAGGGUAGGGUAUAACAUAUUGUACAGUGUUGUUGUUUUUUUUCUGGUCUAUUGCCAGUGGUGCUUCCUAUAUGUUGGUGUUUUACAGGACAGUUAUAAAUGUUUCUAGUGUAUGCAUGAUGAAAUUUUUGUAUGAAUCUAAAGUUUUGUAAUAAAUUUGUUAGAAUU